AUGUCUUUCUUCAAGAAACUCAAGAGCGAGUUCGAGGAUAUGUUUGGGGAUGAUGACAAGAAAAAGGAAGAAAAGCCUGCACAGUCUGUUCAAGAUGCAAAGCCCACAGAAAGCAAGUUUGAGCAGACACGCGAUGUCAACCAGCCCCAGUACUCUUCGCCCGCUCCUCCAGACUCGUUUGCUCAACAUCAGCAGCAGUCCUACCCUCCACAACAGCAGUAUCCCCCUCAGCACCAGUACCCACCUCAGCACCAGCAGCCUUACGGCCAGCCCAGUCCUAGCCCUUACGGCCAACCUAGUCCUGCUCCUUAUGGACAGCCCAGUCCCGCUCCGUAUCCACCAUCUGGACCUCCUCCUCCCCAGGCUGGUGGUCAACUUCCCCCUGGCUGGGUCCAGCAGUUUGAUCAACAGAGUCAGCGCUUCUUCUACGUGAAUCAGGCUACUGGUCAGACUCAGUGGGAGAUGCCUCAGCAUCCUGUGCCCCCACACCAGUACUCGUCACCUCCCCCUCCCACUGGUGGGGUCUAUGGUGGCUACCAGCCUCCUCAAGCACAAGGUCAAUACGGUCAGCCAAGCUCAGCUCACUAUGGACAAGGUCCCCCUCCUCCUGGCCAGUAUGGCUCAGCUCCUCCUCAGGGUGAUCAAUCCCGUGGACAGGCAAACUCCUUCUAUGACAGCUACGGUGGUGCCAUGCCUUCUGUCCCGUCUCAGGGCCAACAUGAAACCCGUGCCAACCAGUACUACAGCGAUGUUGAGAACAAGGACAAGGACAAGAAGAAGAGUAGUGGCUAUGGCAGCGCCAUUGCUGGGGCGGCAGGUGGUCUGGCCGUGGGUGCUAUUGGUGGUGCACUGCUCGCUGAUGCUCUGGACGACUCGGACGAUGAGAAGAAGCCCGCCGCUCCUGCUGCUGCCCCCAGCUACGCACCAGCCCCUACCAAUUACGCUCCUGCUCCUGACCCAUCGUACGGAGCCUAUGGUGCUUCGUCUCAAGAGCCUUACGGCUACAGCGCUCCUGCCCCUGUCGCACAAUCGUCUGGUUAUGGCGGAUCUGCCUACGAGCCAGGUCUGUACGACGACGCACCUCUGCCAGAUGAGACACGUUCAGGAUCUUCUGUAUCUAGCAGCGACCGCGAGAGUCUUGAAGAGAAGCGUGAGGAAUUGCGCGAGAUGCAGGAGGAGUACGAGGAAGAAUAUGCCGAGACCUACGAUGAUUAG